AUGUCCGAUACACAAUUAAAGAGAAAGCGCUCGGUGCGUGAUGCUGCUGCUUUGCCCAAGCGCCAGAAGAGCGACCACCUGAACCAGCACACAACCACAACCACAACCACUCCCAGGCCUGUCAAGACGCAAACACCAAAGUCGACACCAAAGACCCAGAUUCUCGGCUCUGUCAGCACGCCGACUGUCAUUCUCCCGCAAACCGCUGGCUCAACAGACAACAAUGCGCUACAGGUAGCCACCACUCCAGCACAAGGAAAGAAGGCGAGGCGAGGUCGUGAUGCCUCUAGAAGAAAGGGCGCAGAUCGCGUUGCUGUAGACCAGGGCCAGGUCGUCGAUAAGCCACAAGCAAGAGUCGACGGAAAGUCGCCCUGGACUCUGUCCAAGCCUCUGGGUGGAAGAUUCGUCCUGCACGACCCCAUCUUUGCCCAGGACGAGAGCUGCAUCUUUGCCUCGAACGGCCGAGAAAUCGAGGUCCUGUCAAUUGCCACAUCGCUGGUCGAGAGAAAGCUGCCUGGUCCCGAUCGCUCCGCCACUGCUUUCGCCGUCUCAUUCGCCGACGAGGAGGAUCUGUACAUUGCUUCAUCAACAGGUCGUGUUCAGCGCUGGAACUGGAUUACUGGUUCUCCCGUAGACGAUGACAUCAAAUUUGAGGGGGCCGUCUCUGCCUUGAUCGUCACACCGUCAGAGGAUGCUUCACAAGACGCUCUGUUCGCCAUCUGCCACAAUGACGAGGACUGGAACAUUGUUGCUGGAGGCCGCUCUGUCUACACAUCCAAGGACGCCCUCAGCCAUCUCCGCAUUGAGGGCCAAUUUAUUGUCGCUGCUACCUCGACGAAGCUGGUUAUCGGCAAACGCAUUGCUUCAGAGAACUCGCCUCGCUAUGACUUUGUCGAAAUCACUGUCUCCGCCGGCGUGACGAGUCUCGAGUGCAGAAUCGAGUCCAGCGAGUCAAAGAAGAAGGCAAAGACGGAAAACCUCUCGGUUGCUGUUGGAAACGUCUCUGGUGAAAUUUUCCUCUACGAAAACGUGUACCCCUCGGACAAAUCUGCCGAGUCCUUGACUCCUCGCACCCUUCAUUGGCACCGCGAGGCUGUUGCCACUGUCAAAUGGUCCAAGGACGGCACGUAUCUUAUUUCUGGUGGAAGAGAAACUGUUCUCGUGCUCUGGCAGCUGUCGACCGGCAAGAAGCAGUUUCUUCCCCAUUUGACUGCUGAGAUUGAGCGUCUUACUGUUUCGCCUAACGGUACAUCAUAUGCUAUCCAACUCGCCGAUAACUCGGUCAUGGUUCUUUCCACCACUGAACUCAAGCCCACCGCAAACUUCGCCGGACUGCAGGCCCAGUCAUGUGUUGACAAGAACACUGCUGCUCAAAUCGACACCGAGAAGGGCUUCUUGCGUGCCGCUGCCGCCACUCUAAACCCCAUCUCUCCUGAUCAGCUCCUGUUGUCUGUACCUGCUUCGACCAACGAGUCUUCUCAACACACUGCAUCAGCCGCUCCCCGACCUUUCCUACAAACCUACGAUAUUUCCAACGACCGUCACAUCUCUCGUCAAGCCUUGACGCGAAACAUGGUAACCGACUACAACAAGGGCCCCGAAGGCAAUCGUAUCAAGGUCCCUGAUGUUUCUUUCCUGCAAGUCAGCCACGACGGCCAAUGGCUCGCCACAGCUGAAACCUGGUCUCCUCCUUACCCUGAUGUUGAACACUUGGCUGCUGACAAGGCUUCGAAUGACGAGCAACGUCAGUUCCGUCGUGAAGUCUACCUCAAGAUCUGGCGCUGGGAUGCUGAACGCAAUCUCUGGGCCUUGGAAACGAGAGUCGACAGCCCUCAUCAGUUGGGCGCUGAUUCUCAGCCUGGCAGAAUUCUAAAUCUUGUUGCUGAUCCUGUCGAGGUCGGAUUCGCAAGUGUUGGCGAGGACAGCUGUGUUCGUGUCUGGAAGCCCAAGACUCGCCUUCGCAACGGUAUUGUCGUUCGUGGUAGCAAGGCUGAAGGCCUCGUUGACUGGUCAUGCCGACACUCCAUCCCUCUAGACCGCAGUGUCGAGCUGGCUGAGAUUUCAGACUCAUCGAGCCUUCUCCCUCCUCCUACAGGCGCCGCACUUGCAUAUUCUGAAGACGGUUCCACUCUAGCUGUCUCUCAAGCUUUCGAGCACGUCACCGAAACUCCCACUGUGCACUUCAUCAACGCAAUAGAUGGUGCCGCUGAGCAAGCGCGCUCCGGGUUCUUCACCGGUAUCGUCCGCGCUCUCGCCUUCCUCGAUCGCCAUCUCAUUGUCCUCGCCGACCAAACCAUCGCAGUCUGGGACAUCGUUGACGAAGUUCAGCUCUACUGCAUCAACCUCGAACGUGCAGCACGCUUCGGCACCUCCAUCCUCACCACGAACCUUGAUGACAAGACCUUUGCUGUUUCAACGAAGUCAAAGGGCGGUGCCUCUCGUGUGCAAAUCUUCAGCCCCACAAGUUCGGCGCCUCAAUUCAACCAGUCGCUGCCAUAUCCUGCAUCAGCUGUGUUGGCUGUCAAGGGUAGAAGAGGCUACAAGAUGUUGACCACUGCUGCUGAAGUGUUCACUCUUAUUCCCCGCGCCGCCGCUCCCUCUCUCACAGGCGUCCGCACCACACGUCGUGGCAAGCGCUCUGGUGCCAACGCUGCCUCCACUAUUGCCACAUCUGCUGUACCCAGCUCGGCACCUGCCCCUGAGAUCUUGGAAGAUGCAGAGAUGUCAGAGGAGCAACCAGCUGCUGAUGUCUAUCUGAUUGAGAACGACGAGGAAGCCGACAAGCCGGUUGUCAGACCUGAGCAAUUGGCUCAAGUGUUUGACAGAGAUAACAUUGCGCUUAUGCCUGUUAGCGAGAUGUUCAAUGCUGUGGUGGGAUUGUUUGCAAGGAAACCUAGAGCUGUGCCUGUUGCUGCUGCUGCAUAG